CGCCAACUGCCUCUUCGCGGUCUUCUCAUUGAAAUGCUGAGGAACUGCUGAGGAGCAGGAACUGCUGCCGAUUCCGAGUCGGUCACAUGCAUGUCUAAGUUGUCGGAAGUUGUUAAUGUUACAUCCAUGUAUAACUUCACUUCACAUUAUUGCGCUUUAAGUUUUCUUCUCAUUUAGCCUUUCAACUUCCCAGUUUACUGUGUGGCUAUGGAUUGAAUUGUUUGUGUGCAUACAUGGGCAGUUCACAUAUCACACUGGUUUAGAGUCGAGGGUUAUUACAACAGUCACUCUCCCGAAGAAGCAUCUUUUCAAGUAAUCCAACUGCUACAUUGAACUAUUAUGCUUUCUGUUAGGACUCUCAGUCGAUCGGUUUCGGUUUAACCAAAAACUUCGGUUUUCGGUUAAACCGAGCGACCCCCUAGCAUCACCGACCAACGAGUUUCAUAUGGUCACCGCCUAACUGACCGGCCGGUUAUCGGUUAUAACCGCGGUUAGCUGAAUUAAAUACAAAAAAAUUAAUAAAAAAAGAAAUAGAAGAAAAGUCGGUCCACCUCCACCACACCUUUUCAGACCCACCUUAUCUUCUUCUUCUUCUUCUCUCCUCACCCAAGACCCUCUGCUAACCGAAGUCUUUUCUUCUCCCCUCUCUCUCCUUUGCCUCUGCUAACCACCUAAGCCUAACUCUCCAUCUCCAACCAAGACCCUUCUUCUCUCCUCUCUCACUUUUCUUUUCCUUCUGCUCGGGGGCGACCGAUGGACGCGGUUCAUCCGCUCGGGGACGGCGGCGACGACGACGGAUGGACGGGAAAGAGGAAGGAUGGAGGCGGCUGUGCGAGGCAACGCGAUGAGGACGAGAUCUGGGCGAGGCGGCUGCGCGAGGUGGCUGCGCGAGGAAGGAUCUGCAUGGCGGCGGCCGGCGAGGAACGGAGGAAGGCGGCGGCCGUGAGGCAACAAGGAAGAGAGCUGGGCGGCGGUCGUGAGGUUACCAAGGCCACAUCUCGGCUGCUUGGCGGUGUUGAUUGCAUUGGACCUCAUCUCCAUAUGAUAUACCCCAUGGAUCAACAGUCACUUUGCUUUUUGCCACAAUGGGUUCUGGUUCUCUUGUUAAAUGGUUGUUUUCGUGGCCAAAUACAAGGAAGGCUUGAAUAUGGGGAAUGGUUGGCUCCGCAAGGAAUAUAAUGGAUUUCGAUGUAUUAAUUACGAGAUUUGUGACUCUACGUGAAAGAAAGAUUGGAACUUAGAAUCUGACAUUUGGGGGUUUAGUUUGUGUUAUAAACGCGCUGCUACGGAUCGGGAAAUCGCAGGAAUCAACAAAGCGAGAAUACGAAA